CCGGUGUUGAGUGACGAAAGGAAGGCAGUGUAGCAACAAAUUGUAUCAAAUCUUUGGACGAAAUAGGGCGCUAAAAUAGAGUAAAUGUCGGAAGACUCACAUUAUCAAUGAUAUGACGUGCUUAUUAACAUGUUUGAAUCUUAGAUCUUCAAACAGAUCUUUAUUUAUAUUGUGCAGAAGCUUAGCCACCCAAAGUACCCCAUCCCACCAACACACACAGACUUUAACAUGGAAAAGACAUGACAUCAGGCCUGCAGAUGUCCUGCCAACAAACAUAAUUUAUCAUGUACCAUCACGGUCAUUUCUCUCACUCCUCGAUAAAAGGAAGGAAUACUCAGAGAGGAGAAUAGUUGGGUUUUCCAUGGACGAUAUGUACGAUGUUGUCAGCUCCGUGGACAAGUACCAUGAGUUUGUGCCAUGGUGUUUGCAAUCGGUCAUCAAAUCCAGAAAAGCUGGUCACUUCAAGGCAGGUUUAGAGGUUGGGUUUCCACCCCUUGUCGAGAGGUACACCUCCACAGUAACCGUCGUCAAACCUAACCUUGUUAAAUCUGUCUGUACAGAUGGGAAGAUGUUUAACCACCUAGUGACAAUAUGGAGGUUUGGGCCUGGUAUCCCGUACAAGCCAAACACAUGCACCAUCGACUUCUCUGUGUCCUUUGAGUUUCGUUCCGUUCUCCACUCCCAUCUCUCCACUAUCUUCUUCGAUGAGGUCGUGAAGAAAAUGGUGAAGGCGUUUGAGAAGCGGGCAGAGAAGAUCCAUGGUCCGCAGGCCGUCAUAGCCAGGUCCGAUCAUCUGAGGUAUUCAUCAUGACGAACAAUACCACAACUUCACUUUACUAGCCAGAAAUAAAUACUAAUAUUUCAGUAACCUCAGAUAUUUAUAUCUAGUAUUUUUUAUUCAAUAAAUUAAUUAGUGUCAGACUGAACUAUUUUAAGUGUCACAGCUGUGGUCAGCAGCAACUGAAAGAUGCCUUUUCAGUGAUCUGAUAGUUACUGCAGAAGUUUGAAGGCAUCUAUUUAAAGGCACUGGACACUAUUGGUAAUUAAAAUGGUGAAAAUAAUUGUUGACAUAAAACUUACUUGGUAACAUUCAAGCAAUAAGCCCUUUUGAGGUUUGGCUGGCGUGAUAGGAGUGUGGUUUGGGUGUUAACCCACAAAUCGUAUAGUGUUGUAUUAACAAAGUGCCCGCCAAAUCUGAAAAAGGCUUAUGGGGAGCUGAUGAUGGUAUAAAACAUUGUGAGAGUCUGCCAGGGCUGUAUGCUUCGUUUUUGAAAGGGCAAGGGCACCA